GAAUCCAGCUUAUUGUUUUUCCCGAUAAUUAAAUUACAAGUUAGGUCUAUUGUUUAAUCAAAAUUAAAUUCUGUCCCUUUCCUUUUUGUCUUGAUUUAUUCCAGAUCAAGUAUACUUCCUUUUUUAUACUCUUGACGUUUGCAGAGAUCCUUUCAGCUCGUGCUGAAUCUGACGCAAGAUGGGUUCUAAGUCAGUUGUUGACAUGAUAGAAGCUUCUUCCAAGGUUCACUAUUCUGGUUUCCACAUGAACGGUCACAUGAAUGGGGUGGAACCGAGUUCAUUACAGGAAACCACUUCUGCAUCAGCAGACAUUCAAAGGCAGCCUUUUGUAAUAGGUGUUGCUGGAGGCGCAGCAUCGGGAAAGACUUCUGUUUGCGAUAUGAUAAUUCAGCAAUUGCAUGAUCAGCGUGUUGUACUUGUUAACCAGGAUUCGUUCUACCAUAGUUUGACUGAAGAAGAACUUGCGAGAGUUCAUGAAUACAACUUUGACCAUCCAGACGCAUUUGAUAUAGACCAUUUGUUGUCUUGUAUGGAGAAAUUGAGGCAAGGACAAGCUGUGGAUAUUCCAAAAUACGACUUCAAAACUUAUAAAAGCACUGUUUCCAGAAGGGUAAACCCUUCGGAUGUAAUAUUACUUGAGGGCAUACUUCUAUUCCAUGAUCCACGAGUCCGAGGAUUGAUGAACAUGAAGAUUUUUGUGGAUACAGAUGCUGAUGUGCGCUUGGCAAGAAGGAUAAAACGAGAUACUUCCCAAAAUGAUAGAGAUAUUGGCACAGUACUCGAUCAGUACUCAAAGUUUGUGAAGCCUGCAUUUGAUGACUUCAUUCUUCCAACGAAGAAGUAUGCAGAUAUCAUAAUUCCUCGUGGUGGGGAUAAUCAUGUAGCUAUUGACUUAAUCGUGCAACAUAUUUGCACCAAGCUGGGUCAGCAUGAUCUCUGUAAAAUAUACCCGAAUCUAUAUGUUAUACAAUCAACAUUUCAGAUACGAGGGAUGCACACGCUCAUACGUGAUUCCCAGACAACAAAACAUGAUUUUGUCUUCUAUUCUGAUCGAUUAAUUCGGCUGGUUGUAGAGCAUGGUCUUGGACAUCUGCCUUUUACUGAAAUGCAGGUCAUCACUCCAACCGGAUCUGUAUAUUCUGGUGUGGAUUUCUGUAAACGGUUAUGUGGUGUCUCCGUGAUUAGGAGUGGUGAGAGCAUGGAGAAUGCGUUGCGAGCUUGUUGCAAAGGUAUCAAAAUAGGGAAAAUCCUAAUUCACAGGGAAGGCGACAACGGUCAACAGCUUGUUUAUGAAAAACUGCCUAAUGAUAUCUCGGAAAGGCACGUCCUCUUGUUGGAUCCUAUCCUCGGCACAGGAAACUCAGCAGUUCAAGCCAUCAAUCUUCUUAUAAGCAAAGGUGUACCUGAGGGAAACAUCAUAUUUCUGAACCUAAUAAGCGCACCUCAAGGUGUUCAUGUGGUCUGCAAGAAGUUUCCAAGAUUAAAGAUAGUGACAUCGGAGAUUGAAAACGGGCUAAACGAAGAGUUCCGUGUCAUUCCCGGUAUGGGUGAGUUUGGAGACCGAUAUUUUGGUACCGACGAUGAUUAGAGAUCGGUGAUACAUUUACCGCCAAAUCAUUUUUUAAAUCUUCUGGCUUUCUCCCAUAUAAAGGAAACCUCAAGCUCUGGGAAAAAUUUUGAUUUACUGAAAGAAUACCCCAAGUGAAGGGUUUUAUUGAUCGAACUCAGAACUUGGAACUCAUGUAUCAUACAUAUUUAUUAUAUAUAUGUAUCCUUAAAAACU